ACGAUACGUGGACGUGUGAUAACAGGCGGUUCUCGGACAGAAGAGCGACUUGUGUGAAAGAGAUACCAACAGAGAGGUGUCAGUUUCAAAAGCUUCAUUCCAUCAUGGAGAAAAGGUUCUUGCCCUUGCUGUUUGCUGUCCUGACUUUGGCGUCUGGAAUGCCCGAUGUCCAGCAUGCCUUGCGCUCAGGACCGGUACUUGGUGGUGGAGUCAUGCCCAUGGCUCCCAAAGUAGAAGCUGACCUGUGUCCACUGUGCAUUCAGUUUACGAGUCAAGCGAUUAACCAGCUGCUGAACAUUAUACUGAAGCUGACCUUGACCCGAUUUACUUCUGCGAGGAGCUGAAGACGUGCCCUGUGUUCGACUCGGGAGAUGCUCUCAUCACGAAACUCGUCGUCACCCCUGCCACUGGACCCCAAGGUGAACGUCUCAUCUCCUUCGAUUUCGCUUCCAAAAACGGAACAGGCACUGGAGAGUGGAGAGUGUACAUUCAAACCGUAGAUGGAAUUCCCGUCGAGAGCAGCUUCCUUCAGGAGUCACAACCUCCCGGCUCAUACAACGAGACACUGAAACUUAAGGCAGAGCCUGACCCCAACUGUGACCCGACCCAGGGACCAUGUGAACAGUGGUUGCCAGGCAACUACACAGUGGAAGUCGAAAUCUGCAAUGGUGAAUGCGGCAGCAAGCACCCUCACAGUCAGGUUUAUGACAAGAAGCAAACCACUUUUGUUAUUGGUAACUGAGUCUAAGUCCCAAAGGGAACACCAUAACACUGACCGCUUUGUGCCAGAAAUAACAAACUUACAAACAACGACCUCCCCCUCUCUCAAACACACACACACACACACACACACACACACACACACACA